AUGUCUAUCGAUAUCAGCGAGAUGCUUACGGAGGCUUAUAAUAGCAUCAUCUCGGAAGAGAUGCAAGACUUAAGAGUGAUUAAAGAACAGAUCUUGCAAAUGACAAUCAAAGCCGUCAACGAUACCGCCGGACUAACAGGCUUAAUACUUACUCUUUUCGUUUUUAGCGCUUACUUCCGCAUGACUUACUUGGACUUACUAGUCCUUUUUACUACUAUUAGAGCAGAGGCUAUUAAGAAGGCUAUAGCAGAAGUAAGAAGAUUGCAAGCUGUACGGCAAGUAGCAGACGCUUUGAAUAUGCGCAAUAGCCUUUUUACGAUUAAGACGCUGGCUUUCCUUUUGCAAAGCUAA